AUGCCGUCGACGGUGCCUGGCGGCGACCUGCUCUUCUGUUGCGGUACGUCGUCGUCGCUGGCACCAAAGAGAGGCCGCCCUCUUCAGCACCAUGUCAAGAAGCCUCCCCACGACAGAAAGCAAGCCAAGGGAGCCGCGGUGGUUCUGUCGUCCCCUCGCACCGACGACGACAUGGAAAAAAUGGUCGAUGCGCUGCGGCAGUCGCUGCACCUGACCAAGCCGAGCAGCACCCCGCCGACAACGCUGCCGCACGGCGUCGUCAAGCGCCGCGUGUACCUGUCCCCGCGGGAACGUGUACAUAGCUCGACGAGUCGACACAACAUGAACGUGCUUGACGCACCCACCGUCGCGGUACGGCCGUUGUCGUCGGACGGCUCUACGCGUGCUGACAAACUCCCGACCAUCGCCAAGCAACUGGACAGUUCGAAAGCAACGCGUCCUCCAGACUCGGAUGAAAGAACCGAAGCGUCGUCAAACCAAAGCCCGCCGCUUCCGACGGCAACGACCCAUCUCACACAAUCCAAAUCUGUCGACGAACUUUUAUCCAACAACGCCACGGACGGCGCCGCGCUCGACCACUCCAAGUCAUGCAAUGACUUGGAGUCGAUUCGCAGCCAGUUAGCAUUUGGCGGAUUUCACGUUGAGUUCGAAGAGCCCGAGACGGCCGAGGACAGCGCGCCGUCGUCGCCAAUGGGUCCAUGGCUGAAUCAAGUCGACGACGUACAGAUCUCGUUGGAGCCGGCAAGCUCGCCCCGCACGCGGCUGCUGUCCUUGUCCGUCGACGCGAGUGGAAGCAAGGAUGUCCGUCGUCAAAAGCCUGUCAAGGUCCCGUCCUCACGGAAAAGGACAGCAUCCAAGAAGAGAUACCCCGUAGGCCGGCCAUCGACCUCGGGCGAUUUGGCCACUGCGUUGGAAUUGUAG